GUUUUUUCUUUCUCAGCUCUCUUGUAGACUUCGGAGAGCCCCGGGACUGCUUCGUGCUCCGCAGCGGCGAUGGGCCCAGGGAUGCAAGAGGCUGCGGAAGAGGGCGAGUUCGUGGGCGCGCGGCUGGACGCCGGCCUCCGCGCCGCCCGCUUCACGUCGCCGCCGUCCGCGGACGAGUUCGGGAACGAAGUUGAGCCGAAGAACGUCCCCGCGGUGUUCCGCGGCGUGGCCAAGGGGUGGGCAGCCUCCACCCGGUGGGAUCCUCUUCAUGGUGGCCUCGACUACCUUCUGGAAAAAGUGGGACGCGAUGUCGAUGUGGAAGCUAUGAUGUCGAACACUGGGCAUGUGUUCUAUGGAGAUCUCAGAAGCCAUGAGAGGGUGUCUGUUCCAUUCUCCACGUUCAUUCACUCGUGCAAGUCUUACCUGAGUCGGAUAAAUGGGGCUAGUGAUACAUUCAUAGAUCAGGGAAUCCUUGAGGAGCCUACUUGCUUGAGGGAGAUGUGUUCGAGCAAUUCGGAGAACUCAGAACAAGUAUAUCUUGCACAGGUAUCUAUUAUGAAUGCUGAGAACAAAGAGAGAUGCUCGUUAGAAGUUUUGAAAGAGGACAUUCAGGAGCCUAUAUUCCUGAGAGGAAAAUCAUUUUCAUCAAUAAACUUUUGGAUGAAUGGGUCGCACUUGAGAUCGAGUACUCAUUAUGAUCCCCACCAUAACCUUCUUUGUGUGUUGGCUGGUUGCAAAAAGGUAACUUUGUGGCCUCCGUCUGCAUCCCCAUUUUUAUACCCUAUGCCUGUGUAUGGUGAGGCCUCCAACCACAGUUCUGUGAGCAUUGAGGAGCCAGAUUAUUCAAGCUAUACAAGGGCAAGAUACAUGCAAGAAUAUUCUGAAAGAGUUGUCCUAAACUGCGGCGAUGUUCUUUUCAUACCAGAAGGAUGGUAUCACCAAGUCGACAGUGAUGAUUUAACCAUAGCAAUUAACUUUUGGUGGAAGUCAAGAAUAAUGACUCAAAUGUUUGAACAUAUGGAUGCCUACUAUCUACGCCGAAUCCUGAGCAGAUUGGUGGAUAAGGAGAUGAACAUAAUGGUGCAAAGGAGUCCUUUUUGUCGUUUGGGAGACUGCACAAAUAUUCAGCCUAUGGACAAAGCAUUGACAGGUUUCCAUCUAUUCAAUUUGCAAAAGGAUUCACCAUUGCAAACUCUGGAACCCUCCACUCUCCAAGCACUUUAUGAACUCGUCUCACUGGUCCACGACAGUGCUGAAGUGGUUAGCCAAAAUGACAGAACAGAACCCGCAUCUGAGAGUACAUCUUCCAACCAAGGAGACAAAACUAAGAUUGCUGCUCCAGAUGAUUUGUCCCUCUUGGACAAAGAUCCUGUUGCAAAAACCAUUUUGUCAGUUGAACCACUUGAGUUACGGAGUAUGAUGCUUGCAAUGGUGCGUACCUUCCCAAGGACAUUAGAAACUUUAGUCCUCAACAUGCUCGGGCCAGUAGGAGCAGAGAUACUGACUAGAAAGUUUGAUGAGAUCGAUCAACUAACCACAAAAGAAGAACAGGCUGAAUUCUACAAGACAUUCUAUAGCGUGUUUGAGGAUCAGUAUGCUGCAAUGGAUGUGCUUCUCAAUGGAAAGGAAUUGUUUUCUUUUCAGGUAUUCCAGAAUGUCCUAGACAGGUAUCUCAGGGUGCAUGUAGACCGACCUAGCUAAUGUGUUACAGUUAAAGACCAAUGAGUGGAUCAUGGAGCAUAUGUACAAAGUGCUCCAAAGCUUGUGGCUGUUUGCUUAAUCGAAACGUGAACGGAUGGCCACAUUAUUGUUCGGAACUUAGCAUACUGGUGGAUGUGGAUGUUCGAGCGUCUCCACUAAAUAAGUGUCUCGUUGGUUUGGUAUAUGAACUUUUCAACAGCACGGGCGAGUAAAAUUUGCUCAAGAACGAGUUAUCUGGAUU